AGAAACGGGGGAGACGCGAGGGGCGGAGCUUGUGGAGGAAGAUGGCUGCCGCCUGGGGGUCGUCCCUAACGGCCGCGACGCAGAGAGCGGUCACUCCCUGGCCGAGGGGCAGGCUCCUCGCGGCCUCCCUGGGACCCCAGGCGCGUCGGGAGGCGUCGUCCUCCAGCCCCGAGGCCGGCGAAGGGCAGAUCCGCCUCACAGACAGUUGCGUCCAGAGGCUUUUGGAAAUCACCGAAGGGUCAGAAUUCCUCAGGCUGCAAGUGGAGGGAGGUGGAUGCUCCGGAUUCCAAUACAAAUUUUCACUGGAUACAGUUAUCAACCCCGACGACAGGCAAGGAGGAAGGGGGUAUUUGAACAGGGUGGGGCAAGAGUGGUGGUUGACUCUGAUAGCUUGGCCUUCGUGAAAGGGGCCCAGGUGGACUUCAGCCAAGAACUGAUCCGAAGCUCAUUUCAAGUGUUGAACAAUCCUCAAGCACAGCAAGGCUGCUCCUGUGGGUCAUCUUUCUCUAUCAAACUUUGAUGUGAUGACUGGUGACUCUGGGAUUGUCACCAGUUGUACCAAUUUGAAGAACCUGGAAUUAGUAGAAUUCUAGAAGUUUCCUUCUAAUCAUGUCCCUCUCAAUUUUAUUUCCCGCAGUCCAGGAGUGUUAUGUUUUGCCACUAUUAUUUUCAGAACGUGAAGAUUUUACUCUUGGCUUAAUUUUUCCCUCCACUCAGUGCUAAGGCUGAGCCUCCAGAUGCUGUUACCUCAGAUUUAAUCACUGGUUGAAACUCCGUAUAAUCUGUAGAGCCUCCAUGGCUCUAAAAUUUGGAAUUAACUUCUCUUGCCUUAAGAGCUGCUUGUACAUAUGUGGAUAGCUAUGUAUAAAAGCUUCAUUUUAAAGAA